AUGGCGGAAGCAUACCAGAAAGAGUUCUUCAACGUUUCGUUUCCAGUGGAAUAUGUUGCGCAUGUCGAAAUUAAUCGACCGGAGAAGCUGAAUGCUUUCAAGGAGAUCAUGUGGCUAAACCUCUCCGCCAUCUUCCGCCAACUCUCCCACGACCCCUCCGUCCGCGCCGUCAUCCUGACCGGCGCCGGCGACCGCGCCUUCACAGCGGGCCUAGACGUGCAAGCCGCCUCAGAAGGCGGUGCCUUGUCUUCAUCCGGCCCCGACCAGGAUUCCGCCCGUAAGGCCAACGCCCUCCGCCGACACAUCCUAGAAUUCCAAUCCUGCAUCACCGACAUUGAGAAAUGCGAGAAGCCUGUUAUCGCCGUUCUCCACGGCGUAUCCUUCGGCCUAGCGCUGGAUAUGAGUCUAGCAUGCGACAUCCGUAUCUCAACCACUACUACUAAGUUCUCUGUAAAGGAAGUCGACAUCGGUCUCGCCGCAGACAUUGGCACUUUGUCGCGUCUCCCUCACUCCGUCGGAAACUUGUCCUGGGUGAAAGACAUCGCGCUCUCCGCACGUAUCUUCGGGUCGGAUGAAGCGCUGCAGCACGGCCUUGUGUCGUCAGUGUACAAAAAUAAGGCAGAAGCGGUUGCGCAGGCAACGAAAUUGGCGACACUGAUUGCGAGCAAGUCACCCGUGGCGGUGUUGGGGACAAAGGAGAUUAUCAAUUACUCAAGGGAUAGGCCGAUUAGUGAGGGGUUGAACUACACGGCUGUGUGGAAUGCGGCGAUGUUGCAGACACAGGAUGUCAAGGAUGCUAUGAUGAGUGGGUUGAAGAAGACGACACCCAAGUUUAGUAAACUGUAG